AUGAGUGAAGAGAAAUUAUCUAAGAAACAAAAGAAGGCCCUUGGAUUUAGAAAAACCAAAGAGGAAAGAGAGGAGAUCAAGGAAAAGAAGAGAAAAGCUGAAACUGAAAAGGAAGAAGAAGAAGUUAAAGAGCCAACAACAGAUGCUAAUACUGAAGACCAACCACCAGUGAAAAAGAGAAAGACAAGACGUGGUAAGAAAGGAAAAGGUGUCAAUGGAGGUGCUGGUCCUCGUUUUAUUAUAUUCGUAGGUAACUUACCUUACGACGCCACCCCAACUGAAUUAACUGCUCAUUUUAAAAAUUCCAGUCCUGAUAGAAUAAGAAUUCGUCCUGACAAAGGGAUCGCAUUUCUUGAAUUUGACAACGAUACCAAGGAAAUUCAAAGUAAAAUGGAACUUGCAUUACGUAUGCACCACACAUUAUUAAGAAACAGAAAGAUCAACGUUGAGUUAACUGUUGGUGGAGGUGGUAAUAGUGAAUUUAGACGAAAUAAACUUAAAGAAAAGAAUGAAAAGAUGUUGGAAGACCGAAGGAAAAAUGAUGAUCUCAAGAAAAAGAAGAAAGAGACAACAAAGGAACCACCUCAGGGUAUCCAUCCGUCAAGAUUAGCUCAAUUACAGGAUUAG